CAUAUCAUCAUUCAUGCGCCACAAACGUUUGGCCCAAUCAAGUGUUAAGGCUGCGGUGGCACUGUCAGUCAUAUGCCACAAAUUGGGUGCCAGUGUUGUUUACUAUGCGCCCUCUUUUGGAUGCCACUGGUUAUUGUGCGCACAAAUACCGACUCAUGCGCGCGCAGGCGUAUCCACACUGGCCCCGCCCACUGCUCGCUCCACACAGCAAAGUGUUAACUGCGUUCUCUUCAGCUGCGCUCGCAUCACUGAGACGAGAGCUCUGCCGAGAGAGGCUGGCCUUGCUGGGCGGGGACGAUUGCUUCGUUUGUGACUGAAAAAAGCAGAAUGACAAGUGCACAGUCCCCACCCCCCUUAGCCCCCCUUCUUUGCUUUCUAGUAGCAUGGCUGACAAUCACCUUGGGAAAUUAGAAUUAGACGAGGGUUCUUUAAACUUGUCGGAUGGCUGCGAGUCCAAGCUGAGAUGGGAAGCUAUGCAGCAAGGAGUGGACACACUGAGUGACGUCCCCAAUUCUACAGUUGCAAAUGACCUGGACCUGAUCUUCCUCAAGGGAAUCAUGGAAAGUCCAAUAGCCCAUGAGAAGCUGGAAGAGACCAAACUGGAGGCGGUUCGUGAUAACAAUCUCGAGCUGGUCCAGGAUAUCCUGGUGGACAUCUCGCCUCUGGUGGGCAUAAACAGCAUGGCAGACGAGCUGGCGCGGAUCUUGACAGAGCCUCACUUCCAGUCACUACUGGAAACUCAUGACUCUGUGGCAUCAAAAAGCUAUGAAACCCCACCACCCAGCCCUUGUGCCUUCAUGGACCCGGCACUCAACAACCAGCCUGUGCCACCCGAUGCUGUGAGAAUGGUUGGCAUCCGCAAGGUUUCCGGAGAGCACCUGGGGGUGACAUUCCGUGUCGAAAACAAUGACCUGGUGAUUGCCCGGAUUCUGCACGGUGGCAUGAUUGACCAGCAAGGCCUCCUGCACGUGGGGGACAUCAUCAAAGAGGUCAACGGGAAGGAAGUGGGCAGCGACCCCAAGGUGCUGCAGGAGAUGCUGAAGGAUGCCAGUGGGAGUGUUGUUCUCAAGAUCCUGCCCAGCUACCAGGAGCCCCACCCACCACGGCAGGUGUUUGUGAAGUGCCACUUUGACUAUGACCCCGCACACGAUAACCUAAUCCCCUGCAAGGAAGCUGGCAUGACAUUUAAUGCUGGUGACAUCCUGCAAAUCGUCAAUCAGGAGGACCUCAACUGGUGGCAGGCAUGCCACGUCAAGGGUGGCAGUGCAGGCCUCAUUCCCAGCCAGCUGCUCGAGGAGAAGAGGAAGGCAUUCGUGAAGCGAGACCUGGAGCUGGCAGCCUCAGCAAGUGCCCUGUGUGGUGGCAUCAGUGGAAAAAAGAAGAAGAAGAUGAUGUACCUCACCACAAAGAACGCAGAGUUUGACCGGCACGAGCUGCUGAUUUAUGAAGAGGUGGCCAAAAUGCCUCCAUUCCGCAGGAAGAGCCUCGUGCUGAUUGGUGCACAGGGAGUGGGCCGGCGAAGCCUGAAGAACAAGCUGAUGCUGUCUGACCCAUCGCGAUACGGGACCACCAUACCAUACACCUCUAGGAAACCAAAGGAAGACGAGAAGGACGGGCAGAUGUACUCGUUUGUCUCGCGCUCAGAGAUGGAACGGGACAUCAAGAACGGCCGCUAUCUGGAGCACGGCGAGUACGAGGGGAACCUGUAUGGCACCAAAAUUGACUCCAUCCAUGAGGUGGUAGACACGGGGAAAGUGUGCAUCCUGGACGUGAACCCGCAGGCCCUGAAGGUGCUCAGGACAUCAGAGUUCCUGCCUUACGUGGUCUUCAUCGCGGCACCUGAAUUCGACGUGCUCCGAUCUAUGAACAAAGCGGCCAUUGAAGCCGGCGUCCUCACCAAGCAGCUCACGGAAACGGAGCUGAAAAGGACGGUGGAGGAGAGCGGCAGGAUUCAGAGAGCGUACGGACAUUACUUUGAUCUAACCAUCACCAACGACAACCUGGAGAGGUGUUUCCGGAGCCUGCAGGGGGCACUGGAGCGGCUCAAUUCAGAACCCCAGUGGGUCCCCGUCAGCUGGGUGUUUUAGGACAAGUUGGAGGGUAAGAGGGUGUGGCGGACUCUGGUUAGGGCCACCUUACAGUUGCCAAAUAGCUCCAGUGUGCAGCAGGUGCCAAAGGCUUCCUCAUUCAGGCGAAUUGGGGGGCAGUUUAUGUCAGGAAGCAGACGUCUUUACUACCAGACUGCACUGAAUGUGUGUAAGCGGACAGAAGUCAUCAGCACCUAAAAAAUGUGAGGAGAACUCAUCUGGCUCAUUACUGACCCCUUGGGGUGGCUAUAAGAACCACCACCACCGCCACCACCGGACACCCCACUAAAUCCUGAAGACUGGUGGAGGUCACAGUGGAAUUGAAUCAUCUUCAUUGUGUUCAGCAGCAUGUUGGUCCAGGAUGCCCCCCUGAAACGUCACUCAUGCUCAAGUUCAGCCCUGGAGGGGCCAACCCAAUGAAUUUGAAGCCAUUGUUAGCCGAAAACUGAACUUGUCAAAUUUUGGUGUUGUUAGUGUUUUCAUUCCACAACAUCAGGUUAUCCUGUCAUUGUAAAAAUCCUGUCCACACCAUUUGUGCCCCUCAACCAGAUCAGUGAUCACCCACUCCUUUAGGGUCUUCUCCUCCAUUUCAGAUGCUCCAUGAUGUGCUCACACAGAUGUCAAUGGGACCAAGUAAGCUGGUGACCUACUGGCCCCUUUGUAUCUCAUUGUUAAUUGGACACUCGUUAAUAAAACGCUGUCGAUGGAGCUGUUUAAUAAGAGUUGGGGGGUCUUCACGGGCAAGUUACCUGAAAGGAAGCACAGAAACGAUGGUUGAGCAC